UAAAAGAAUAAAAAAAAAAAAAAAAAAUUAAAGAAAGAAAGAAAGAAAGAGUCACUAGAAUAUAAGCACAUACAACCACACACAUCACCGUAAUACACACGUAGAUAUUUCAUAAAGAUGACAAUGAGUACAAAUAAUUGUGAAAGUAUGACAUCAUACUUCAGCAACUCCUAUAUAGGUGCUGAUAUGCACCAUGGUCAUUAUCCGGGCAAUGGCGUUACCGAUCUCGAUGCCCAGCAAAUGCAUCAUUACAGUCAGACACCAAAUCAUCAGGGCAAUAUGCCCUAUCCACGUUUCCCGCCCUACGAUCGUAUGCCCUAUUAUAAUGGUCAAGGUAUGGACCAGCAUGGCGUGUAUUCGCGACCCGACAGUCCAUCCAGUCAAGUUGGCGGUAUGCCGCCCGUUCAAGCGAACGGUAGUCAAAUGGUCGCGCAACAGCAACAACAAACUCAACCUCCUCCACAACAACAACAACAACAACAACAACAACCUCAAAAUGGGCCACACCAAGCACAACAUGGUUCAGUAACGCAACAACAAGUCGCAACACUUCCACAACAUCAACAGCAACAGCAGCAACAACAACCGGUUGUUUAUGCCAGUUGCAAAUUGCAAGCGGCCGUUGGAGGGUUAGGUAUGGUGCCCGAGGGUGGUUCACCGCCGCUAGUCGAUCAAAUGGGCAGCCAUCAUAUGGGCACACAAAUGUCAAUGUCACACCAUAUGCAACAUCCGCAGGCUCAGUUGGGUUACAAUGAUGUCGGAGUUCCCGAUGUUACGGAGGUUCAUCAAAAUCAUCAUAAUAUGGGUAUGUACGGGCAACAGCAGGCGGGCGUAGCGGGCGGUCCGCCUCAAGGUAUGAUGCAUCAAGGCCAGGGACCACCGCAAAUGCAUCAAGGACAUCCGGGACAGCAUACACCACCGUCACAAAAUCCAAAUUCACAAUCAUCAGGGAUGCCUUCGCCUCUAUAUCCUUGGAUGCGAAGUCAGUUUGGUAAGUGUCAAGAACGUAAACGUGGUCGUCAAACAUAUACACGCUAUCAGACGUUGGAAUUGGAAAAAGAAUUCCAUUUUAAUCGCUAUCUAACGCGUCGAAGGCGUAUUGAAAUUGCUCAUGCAUUGUGUUUAACUGAAAGGCAAAUUAAGAUUUGGUUCCAGAAUCGACGCAUGAAAUGGAAAAAGGAAAAUAAGACCAAAGGGGAACCAGGUUCUGGCGGCGAAGGUGAUGACAUUACUCCACCAAAUAGUCCACAAUAAGUACAAUCGAUCAACACGCCCGUACUUCAGCGCAUUACUCCUCAUCCCAUCUCUC